AAAAAUAUACUAGAAUACGUGGUGUCUCUUAGAAAUUGAUUUUGCUGAAAUCAAUAUGUCGUUACAAAUGUGUCGUGAUCAACGAAAGUUGGGACAAAUGGUCGAUCAAAUGAAAAUACUUGCCAAUAAUUUGGACGAGUUACGAGCCGAAAUUUCUGCAUUGAAGGCGAGCUAUUUAACGAAGAAAGACGAUCCUUUGCGUAAUAAUGAUUUGAAACAAAAUUUAAACAAAAGUAGUAAGACUAAUGUUUUAAGUAAAUUAAAAAAAUAUAUGAAGAAAGUAAAGAGUAUGUAUUCAUUGAGGAAGGAGCAGAAACGAAGAAAUCAAGAGCCUUUUUAUCCUUGCUCGAAUAUCGAUCCUCCGUUGUCCUCGUUUUUAAAUUAUAUUUUCCCUAACCAAAGAAAAGAUAUAUGGAAACUACCGCCACGAAUCAAAUACUUGAAAAGCCGAGGUAAUCAAACAAACGACAAGCAAGAACUGCAGUGCACUACGAAAUCUCCAACACCAUUGAACAUGGACCAUAAAUUAGAGGAUAAAAAUUAUCACGAAUUUUGCUCGUCCCCAAAGCGAACCGAAACUGACCAAGAUGAUAAAGUAGUAUCUCCAAGCAACGAUGCAACUCUUGUUCCACACUGUUCCGAGAUAAGCUGCGAAUUAGACGUAAAAGUGGAAAAUUCGGUAUGCUCCUCUCCUAGCUCGAACGUAAACAUUUAUUCGGACUCGUACACGUUCGCCGCGUGUACCGCGAAUGUGCCGCGAAAUGGCGACUCCCCCCCCCAAGUGUCUUCGUCUGAAGGUGUGGACGACGAACCGGUCGGUAAGCAAUCCGCAACGAAAUCUACGCAAACGAAAAUAACCAAUAUGAGGCGAAACUCGAACGACUCUUAUUUCAAACAGUCGAAUCUUUGCUUCUCUAAAAUAAAGAAUGCCGUGAUCACGAAAAAAAUUGUAAAAAAUUCCAACGAGAGCACGUUCACGAUAUGCGGGGAGGUGAGCGAUAUGAAGCAUUAUCCAUGCCCGAAGAAAAAUUGUAAUAAAUACUCGUUCAAGAAAAAACAGAAUAGCUUUACCCAAUGGAACGAUCAAAAAACGAGCGAACAAGAUAUUCCUCCGGUCAAAACUCAACUUAAAGAGAUGAAGGAUAGUUUGUCCGGUACGAACAACAAGACUAUGUAUACAUGCCAGAAUAUUUUGCCCAUAAAAGAUUCAGAUUCGUCGCCUUCUUUGGUUUCAUUGGAUUUGGAAGUGAAUAUUUCGAACAUUUCCACCAACAUCGAAGAUUGUUCGGAACGUCGGAAACCAAGGACCUAUGUAAUACGCCAAAUAAGUCAAAAAAGUAACGAAAGUAAUUGGCUUAAUGAUUUGGAAAGGAUUACUUAUGCGGGGCCAUCUUCCGAUUUGAGCCUUUCUUGCUGUAGUUUCAAGAAUCACAAUGUUCAUUUUGAUUAAAAAGGAUAUCUAAUCACA